AUGUUUGAAGUUGCCGAAAAGUGGAAGGCUUUACUUCUCCUCGAUGAAGCUGAUGACUUUCUGUGCAAGCGGUCCUAUGACCCUAAUCACAACUCUCUCGUCUCAGUCUUUUUACGGAAGCUCGAGUAUUAUAAGGGCAUCAUGUUACUUACCACGAACCGGGUCAGAGACUUUGAUGAAGCAGUACAGAGCAGAAUACACGUUGGUAUUAAGUACAGCCCCUUAGGCGUUAAUACGAGAAAAGUGAUCUGGAGGAGCUUUCUUGAGAAGGCAAAAACAGAGACAGGGGAUGCAGUGUACAGUGACAAGCAGUUGAACGUCCUGGCCAAGCACAGCCUCAACGGUAGACAGGUAAGUGUCCCUAGUACCGUCGAAUGGGGUUCCUUUGCUAACACUGUCGCACAGAUUAAGAACGCAGUGCGUUCAGCACAUGCCAUAGCAAGCAGCGAUGGAACACACCUAUGCUAUUCUCACUUAGAGACCGUCCUCGAGGUUGGCAAGGAGUUUGAGAAUGAUUUCAGGGGUUCAGGAGAGAUGGCAAACAUGCUCUCCUACGCCUGA